AUGCCACAUCGCCAAUCGGAUCGAUUUAAGGCUAUUGUUCGCAUAACGAAAAUAUGUGCGGACAUAUGUGGCGCCAACGUAUUGGAACAUGACUAUCAUAUCAAUAUUCGAACGGUACUGGUUUUUAUGGUAAUCACUCUAUCCUUUGGCUUUAUGUCCUACACCAUAUAUGAUGGAUUCGUUGUACAGGAUGAUUGGAAAAUAAUACUGCAGGUUCUAAGUAUUGGUGGCGGUACCCUGGUACAGGGCUUUGUCAAACUACUCAACUGCAUUCUAGAACAGAAAAAUUUCCGCUAUCUUCUCGGGGAGCUCUAUGACAUCUACGAGGAUUACGAAUUAAAGCACAUCGGCUAUCAACGCUCUCUGAACAAGGGCAUACACUUGCUAUCGUACAUCAUGAAAUUGUGUGCAUUUAUUGUCGCUUUACUGGUGCUGGGAAUGACAAUUAUGACAGUUAUUCGAUCUCUGGUAUUCAAUGCGAAUGACUUGAUUGUCCAGUGUCUGGUACCAUUUGUAGAUGCCACAACCCCAAAGGGUUUUUUCUGGACCUGUGCUAUACAAGUUGUGUUUAUAGCCGUGGGUGGUUUUGGCUUUUAUGCCGGAGAUAUGGCAUUUUUUACACCGGUAACACAAAUUGUAACAUUUCGCGAUAUACUUCGUUGCAAAUUUCAAGAUUUGAAUGAAAUUUUGUUGACAUUUCCUGCCAAUGAGAAGAAAUCUACUGAAAUGUUAAAGGAUAUUAUACAAUUCCAUCAGCGAUAUAUGAAGUUUCUAGCCACCACCCAAGAUAGCUACUUCAUGGUUAUUCUGGUGCAAAUUGCUACAUAUUCCAUGGGUAUUGUUUGUACCAUAUUUUGUAUACUACUGGGUACUUGGCCCGGAGGUUAUGUCUAUAUGACAUAUUGUCUUGUAAUGAUGUAUGUUUAUUGUGGCAUCGGGACGUUGGUGUAUGUAACGAAUGAUGGCAUUAUCGAUAGCUGCUAUAACGAUGUUAAUUGGUAUGAUUUGUCGGUUUCGCAGCAGAAGCUGUUACGAAUCAUGUUGAGAAUGGCUCAAAAUACACCGGGAUUAACAAUUGGCUCGGUGUUGCCCUUAUCAAUGAACACGGGUCUACAGGUGACCAAAUCUAUUUAUUCAAUGGCAAUGAUGUUGUUCCAGUUUGCAGAAUAG